GAGUGGGAGACAAACGGGACAAACAAACAGCUAAUCUGUCAGGAUUAGGAGGAACUGCUGACAUUAAUAGAUUUUGCUAACUGUGAUGGCUACAAGGAGAAACACCGCGGAAAGCAAAAGCACCAAAGUACUGGUGAACCUGACAGGCUCAACACCAGAGAAAUCUCAGGACACUGAGGCAAAAAUGGACAAACUUGAACAAAUGAUCAGCUCUGUACUUAACCUACAAACUGAAACCAAAGAGCAAAUAAUAAGGUUUCAGAAUGAAACUAAUGAACAGUUUGGGAAAAUUGAGCAAGAAUUUGGGAAAAUAAAACAAGAAAUGACAAACUUAAAAAAGGACUUGAAAGACAACUCUGGCCAUAUUAAAAAGAUGGACGAAACAUUGAGCCAUAUAAAAUCAGCUCUGAAUGAACAUGCUGAACAUAUUGAAGAAAUUGAAGACAAAAUGGAUUCUUACAAAGAACAGCAAGAAAAGCAUGCAGAACUCAUGGCGAUUUUGGAAUACAAACAGAAGGAAACGUACCUGAGGAUAAGAGGACUGCCAGAGAUGGAUAAUGAAAACUUACUGAAACGGAUCUUACCACUACUACAACAAGUCUGGAGUUUAGAAGAAGAUGAUGCCGUCAGAGAGAUCGACAGAUUAUACAGGGUUAACUCUAAGAUAGCAAGAGACAAAAAACUGCCCAGGGACAUAAUCAUCAAUUGUGUACGGAAGAGUCUAAGGGAUGAGAUUCUAAGAUACCAUGCAGCAACUAACAUACAACUGGAAGGCACGAAUCUGAUAAUCCUGAAAGAGAUUCCAACGGCAAUAAGAAGAAAAAGGAAAGACUACAACAACCUGGCCGACACCCUAAGAAUAAACAAUGUUAAAUUUAGAUGGAAUAUCCCCGAAGGCCUUUCCUUCUACUUUAACUCUAAAUACCACAACAUCAACUCUGCAAUUAAAGCUCAAGACUUCCUGACCAGCAACCAGAAGAACUUGAAAUCUAUCGAAAACUAGGUGCAGCUCGCCUAUCCUUGGCCAAACUGUGGAAAACAGACUUAGUGCCGUCAAACGAAGAAUGGAAGAACAAAGUCCAGCAAAUGUUUAUAAUGGACAAGGGAUCCCACCAAGUGAACUUUCUCCCAGUGGAAAGAUAUACAGAAAACUGGAAGCUCUGGAUGGAUUAUCAAAAAAAAAGAAUUAGAUGUGUCUUAUUUUCCAAUUGAAUACUAAAUUACUGAUUGUACAUUAUGUGAUUAUAGAAUGCUUGACAAAUGGUUUUUCUUUCACCCUUGAUUGUUAUUGUAUAUAUCACCCCCUUAUCCCAAUUUGAUAAGACGGUACUAAAUGAUAGAAUAAGUGAUGAAUAUAGUAGACAAUAAGUAAUGAUGUUAUAACUAUUAGAAUUCAAAGGAUAACUUUAAAAUGGGGAUAAGGGGCCAAAUAAAAGGAAAUAAUUUACCCAAUCAGGGAAACUUAAGAAAUAAGAAACGGUUAGAAAUACUGCUAUAGAAUAAGUAAUAGAGAAAUAUUGACUGAAGGAGAAGUCCCCACAAGUUUUAAUGUUAUGUAGCUGUCUGUUUACCCCCCCCCCCCCCAACCCAGACCCUCCCGGUAAACAAGAAAUAAUGUAGAGAUUUGACCAAUGUUAAUAGAUAUUUAUGUUUGGAUGUAAUUUGUGUUUACCUUUUCUACUUUUCAACACCAUUCCUUUCCC